CCCCUCUCCCCCCUCAUUAACCACCUCCGACUUCCCCGUAUCCCCGUCCCAACUUCAGGGGCAUUUUCGUCUUUUCUCAUGAGCUCACACUGUUUGACUUCUCGUUUCACCUUCUCGCUCCCCAAAAUUGACCCACCCUCUCGUUUUUCUCUUCCAUCGAUUGAGAUUUGAAUCUAUCUUCCUCUUUCUUUGAUAUUGAAAUUUAUAUAUAGAGACUUCACUCCCCCCCUUUCUCCAAUCGAUUCGAUCUGACCCAUCGAAGGAAUUUAGGGUUUCCCCCGCUUUUUUCAAUUCCAAUUCCGACCCAGGUGUCGAAAAUAAGAAAAAGGGGUGUCUUUGGGCGCGACAUUCGAUGGAUUCCGGCGUUAUGAACAUGACCGCAGCUGGGUUGGAUUGGGUGUCGGCGAAAAUCAAUGCUCCGAUGGCGCGUGCAGUCGUUUUUGGGGUUCAUAUUGAUGGGCAUUUGGUUGUUGAAGUGCUUCUGAUUGUUGUUAUAUUGUUCCAACUCUCGAGGAAGAGUUACAAGCCCCCGAAGAAGCCAUUGACUGAGAAGGAAAUAGAUGAUCUUUGUGAUGAGUGGGUACCAGAACCUCUUCAUCCCCCUAUCACAGAAGAGAUGGAGGCAGAUCCUCCAAUUUUGGAAAGUGCUGCAGGGCCUCAUACCAUAAUUGAUGGGAAAGAAGUUGUGAAUUUUGCAUCAGGAAAUUAUCUUGGAUUGCUAGGGAAUGAAAAAAUAAAUGAUUCAUGCAUUGCUUCAUUGGAGAAAUACGGUGUUGGAUCUUGUGGUCCUCGGGGUUUCUAUGGGACUAUUGAUGUCCACCUUGAUUGUGAAUCCAGAAUUUCGAAGUUUAUAGGUACCCCAGAUGCUGUCCUCUACUCUUAUGGCAUCUCGACAAUUUUCAGUGUGAUUCCAGCUUUUGCGAAGAAGGGAGAUAUCAUUGUUGCAGAUGAGGGUGUUAGCUGGGCAGUGCAAAAUGGGCUACAUCUUUCUAGAAGCACUGUUGUUUACUUCAAGCACAAUGACAUGGCCUCACUUGCAAACACCCUAGAGAAGGUUACUAGAGGGAACAAGAGAGCAGAAAAGAUGCGACGCUACCUUGUUAUUGAAGGAAUAUACCAGAAUUCGGGUAAAGUAGCCCCAUUAGAUGAGAUUGUCAGAUUAAAAGAGAAAUACCGUUUUCGUGUUAUUUUGGACGAGAGCAAUUCCUUUGGUGUACUUGGAAAUUCUGGACGUGGUCUUGCCGAACACUAUGGGGUGCCGAUUGAGAAGAUUGAUAUAAUAACUGCUGGUAUGGGAAAUGCACUGGCCACUGACGGAGGAUUUUGCACAGGAGGUGUCAGGGUCGUCGACCACCAACGGCUCAGUAGUUCUGGCUAUGUAUUUUCUGCAUCUUUACCCCCUUAUCUUGCUACUGCUGCAAUUGCUGCAGUUGAUCGCUUGGAGGAAAAUCCUUCUAUACUUGCAUCAUUGAGAAACAAUAUUGCCUUGUUACGGAAAGGUUUAUCAGAUGUACCAGGAUUGACUCUGACAAGCGAUCCUCAAUCACCCAUUGUGCUCCUACAACUGAAGAAACCAACAGGAUCCCACGAGAGCGACCUAAAACUCCUUGAGAAAAUUGUUGAUAGGGUCUUAAAUGAAGAUUCAGUUUUCCUUGUGUCCACAAAGAGAUCAAAGCUAGACAAAUGCCGACUUCCAGUAGGCAUCAAGAUGUUUGUUUCUGCGGGUCAUUCUGAAUCUGAUCUGAUGAAAGCAUCAGAAUCAUUGAAGAGAGUCGCCGCAUCUGUUCUUUCUGAGGUUGCUUGAGAUUCUACUGUAGCAUGUUCAUGAAAUUCAACUAUAAGAUUAUUUUCUUUCUGUUUGCUCUUGUAUACCCUCGUACCAUUUGAUAGAAAAACUGAGAUUCUACUGUAGCUAUAAAAAAUGUAUUUUGCUCUUCAAUUUUA